CAGGCGGUGGAGAGGAUAAACGCGGCCGUCAGAGCGGGUGUGCCCGAGAACACGGCAGCAGAGCUGAUGAAACCCUGAUGCCCAGCUGCCCGAGGUCUACCCCAGCGCUGCCGACCUCUAUCAGAGAGAGCUGACCAGCCUGCAGCAGCAGAGCCCAGAUGGUUCUCUGUCCCAUCCGGAGCUGCUGGUUGCCGUGGAGAUGUUGUCGUCAGUGGUGUUGAUAAAUAGGGCGUUGGACGUGGGCGACCGGAAUUCCAUGUGGAGACAACUGGCCAGCGCCGUUACUGGACUCAGUAACGUAGAGGACGAAUACGCACAGAGGUAUAUGGAUGAAUUGAUGAGGCUGAAGGCAGUGGCCAGGGAGGAAGGCAGUGACUAUCUGACCUGGAACGACAUCCAGGCCUGUGUUGACCAGGUCAACUUGACCAUACAGGAGGAGCACGAACGUAUUGUGGCCAUCGGUCAGAUCAACGAAGCUCUGGAUGGGGGAGACCCACAGAACACCCUAGAAGCCCUCCUGCACUCUGCAGCCAAGCUAACAGACGUAGACCCCUCUGUCGCCCAGCACUACUACGACAAACUGCUUGAGGCGCGCAGGGAGAAGGCACAUGAGACCGAGGACCCCUCUGCUGUGCUCUGGUUGGAUGAGAUCCAGAAUGCCGUACUGAUGUCCAAUAAGGAUACCCAGGAGGCCUUGCAGUUCUCCCAGGCCAUCCAGGCCAUCAACAGAGCGGUGGACAGUGGCGAGGCGCCUAAGACCCUGGCUGCGCUGCGCUCCCCUGGGGCCGGCCUCUACGGAGUCACCCCUGAGUGUGUCCAGAACUACCAGGACGACCUGGCCAAGAUCAAACAGGACAAGACCCAGGAUGGUGACAACGGCAGUGACUGGAUGAAGCACUGGGUGAAGGGAGGACACAACUACUACUACAACCUGAAGACAGGAGAGGGUUCCUGGACUGAACCUGCAGACUUCCUCCAGAACAACACCCAGCUCAACAAGGAGGACAUCCAGUCUGUGGUUUCCGGGGUGACCACCACCUACAACCGGGAGCAGCUGUGGCUGGCCAAUGAGAGUCUGAUUGCCAAGCUGCAGGCCGGAUGCCGUGGCUACCUGGUGAGGAAAGGCCUGAAGGAGAGAAAAGACUUCCUGAAAUCUCAGGACCCAGCCAUUACCACCAUACAGGCUCAUUUUAGAGGCUACAAGCAGAGGAAGGUCUACAUAAAGAGGAAGGAGUACCUGAAUGACCACAGCGAGGAUGCUGUAAAGAUCCAGUCGAUGGUGAGGAUGCACCAAGCUCGCAAGAAGUACAGAGACCGCCUGAAGCACUUCAAGGACCAUAUCAAUGAUGUGGUGAAGAUCCAGGCGUUCAUCAGAGCCAACAAAGCCAGAGACGACUACAAGACACUCAUCAACGCUGACGAUCCUCCCAUGGCGGUGGUGCGCAAGUUCGUCCACCUCCUGGACCACAGCGACCAGGACUUUCAGGAAGAGCUGGACUUGAUGAGGCUCCGGGAGGAGGUGGUCACCAACAUCCGCUCCAACCAGCAGCUGGAGAAUGACCUGAACCUGAUGGACAUCAAGAUCGGCCUGCUGGUCAAGAACAAGAUCACCCUGCAGGAGGUGGUGUCCCACAGCAACAAGCUGACCAAGAAGAACAAGGGCGAGCUGUCCAACCUGAUGAUGAUGAACAAACAGAGAGGAGGCCUGAAGGCUCUGAGCAAGGAGAAGAGGCUCAAGCUGGAGGCCUAUCAGUAUCUUUUCUACCUGCUGCAGACCAACCCCACCUACCUGGCCAAGCUGAUCUUCCAGAUGCCCCAGAAUAAGUCCACUAAGUUCAUGGACUCUGUGAUCUUCACCCUGUAUAACUACGCCUCCAACCAGAGAGAGGAGUACCUGCUGCUCAAACUCUUCAAGACCGCCCUGCAGGAGGAGAUCAAAUCCAAAGUGGAUCAGAUCCAGGAGAUCGUCACGGGCAACCCCACGGUCAUCAAGAUGGUGGUGAGCUUCAACCGCGGCGCCCGAGGCCAGAAUGCACUGCGUCAGAUCCUGGCACCUGUCGUCAAGGAAAUCAUGGACGACAAGACGCUGAACAUCAAGACUGACCCGGUGGACAUCUACAAGAGCUGGGUCAACCAGAUGGAGACACAAACUGGAGAGGCCAGUAAACUACCCUAUGAGGUAACACCAGAGCAGGCUAUGAGUCACGAGGAGGUGCGCACUCGCCUGGAAGCGUCCAUCAAGAACAUGAGGACGGUCACAGACAAGUUCCUGUCCGCCAUCAUUGUCUCUGUGGACAAAAUCCCGUAUGGGAUGCGUUUCACCUCCAAGGUGCUGAAGGACACACUCCAUGAGAAGUUCCCCGACGCUACAGAGGACGAGCUUCUAAAGAUCGUGGGUAACCUGCUGUACUACCGCUACAUGAAUCCGGCCAUCGUGGCGCCCGACGCCUUCGACAUCAUCGACCUGUCGGCCGGAGGUCAGCUGACCACAGACCAACGGCGGAACCUGGGCUCCAUCGCCAAGAUGCUGCAGCACGCCGCGUCCAAUAAGAUGUUCUUGGGGGACAACGCCCACCUCAACCCCAUCAACGAGUACCUCAGCAGCUCCUACCAGAAGUUCAGGCGUUUCUUCUUGGCGGCGUGUGACGUCCCGUCAUUGGAGGACAAGUUCAACGUGGAUCAGUACUCUGACCUGGUCACGCUUCAGAAACCUGUCAUCUACAUCUCUAUAGGGGAGGUCAUCAACACACACACGCUGCUGUUGGACCACCAGGAUGCCAUCGCCUCGGAGCACAACGACCCCAUCCACGAGCUGCUGGAAGACCUGGGAGAGGUGCCCACCAUAGAGUCCCUCAUCGGUGAGAACCCCCUCCCCCCAGGGGACCCCAACAGGGAGACGAUGGGGAAGACAGAGGUGUCCCUCACCCUCGCCAACAAGUUUGAUGUUCCCGGAGAGGCCAAUGCCGAGAUGGACGCCAGGACUCUACUGCUUAACACCAAGCGGCUGAUCGUGGAUGUGAUCCGGUUCCAACCUGGAGAAACACUCACUGAGAUUCUGGAGGGUGCUGCCAAUCCUGAACAGGAAGUGGAGUACCAGCGUGCUAUGCAGCGGCGGGCCAUCCGCGACGCCAAAACCCCAGAGAAGAUGAAGCAGGCCAAGCCGGUGGUGGAUGACAGCCUGACGCUGCAGGGCAAGAAGGACAAGAUCAGGAGCAACCUGCAGCGCCUGGCAGAGCUGGGCAAGGUGCACCCUGAGAACCGCUACCAGGACCUCAUUAACGACAUCGCCAAGGACAUCCGAAACCAGCGGCGGUAUCGGCAGCGGAGGAAGGCGGAGCUGGUGAAGCUCCAACAGACAAAUGCUGCCCUCAACUCCAAGACCGCCUUCUACAACGUCCAGAUUGACUACUACAACCAGUACAUCAAGACCUGCAUGGACAACCUGGCCAGCAACAAGGGCAAGCUGUCAAAGAAACCAGGUGACACCAAGGCCAAGAAGAGUAAACAGGUGUCUCAGAAGUACACCGCCGCUCGCCUCCAUGAGAAGGGUGUGCUGAUCGAGAUUGAAGACCUGCAGACAAACCAGUUUAAGAACGUUAUCUUUGAGAUCUCUCCGUCGGAGGCGGUUGGAGUGUUCGAUGUGAAGGCCAAGUUCAUGGGAGUGCACUUGGAGACGUUACAGUUGGAAUACCAGGACCUCCUGCAGCUGCAGUAUGAGGGUGUGGCUGUGAUGAAGCUCUUCGACAGGGCCACCAUCAAUGUCAACCUGCUCAUCUUCCUGCUCAACAAGAAGUUUUAUGGAAAAUAGAUGGAUGAGACUGGGAGAUGGAUGGAAAGAGAAGGAGAGGGGGCUACAGACACUGAGAACAGAACAUCUAACAGAGAGCCUUGGCUCUAUGCUGUCUGAUCUUAGCUCGGUUUCUUCCGCACUACUUUAAGUAUAUGUAUUCAUUAUGUGCCUUAUUGAGAUGGAAUAUUCACCGUACGGUAUGUGCCUUAUUCGCCAAGGAAAAGUCCACCGGAAGCCUGCUGGAUGCUCCAAGUGUAUCCUCGUCAGGAUCCAGAGUGCUUGUUGCGUUUUGUGUUACUGUAAGACUGUCAAAGGUAUAAGAUAUGGAUUUGUCUGUCAGGUGCUUGUUUUCUGGUAAUUUGAAACGCAAUUCAACAGUUGCAUGUUGAUGACAUCGCAAGCAAUUUUGUCAUACAGUAUAACUUUAAGAAACUUGCAAAUCCACUAUUGGCAUAGGAAAUAGCCUUUCAAGAGUAGACUGAACAAUCAAUGUAGAAAAGAUGUGUUAUGCUUUGUGUUGAAUAAAUUUAUAAAAUAACUGUC